AUGGCCGCUCCGAGAGCGUCGAACAACGGAAAGCCGCUCGCGGACCCGCUCCUCGACGGCUCGCAGCAGCCCGCCAGGCGGCGCGACCGCUUCCCCGUGCUCUCGGCGGCGGCGGCCGUGCUCGCUAUCGGCGGCUGCUGGCUCUGGCUCCGCUCAUCACCCUAUUCGGGUCAGAUGCACGUCGACGGGCGCCCUCCGGUCGACCCGCAGAACCCGCCCGUCCGCAUGCCCGUCUCGCUGCCCGGGGUCCCCACCACCGCCCCGUACGAGUACUACUCUGGCUUCCUCGACGCCGGCACGCCACCGUCUGGCCGCGGCAAGAUGUUUUUUCACUACAUCUGCGCAAUGGCGCCGGGCUGGAGGGAGAAGCCGCUCGCCUUGUGGUAUAAUGGAGGGCCGGGGGCGCCCUCGACGUACGGCCUCUUCCAGGAGUUCGGCCCCUUCCUCCUCACCGCCGCCUCAUACUCCACCCCCGCCUACCGCGCCACCGGCGUGCCCACGCCGCGCUUCAACCCGUGGACGUGGGCCAACCUGACCUCGCUCUGCGAGAUAGACUCACCGGCGCCGAUGGGCGCAUCAUACUGCACCGAGGGAAACGGCACCGCGGACAGCGUCGGCGGGCCGGCGGGCGACCCCUACUCGUGCGGGCCGUGGACCGACCACUCGACGGCGGCCGCCAACCACAAGGCCCACGCCGCCUUUUUCCGCGACGCCUUUCCCGAGUUUGAGGCGUCGCAGCAGCCGGUGACGCUUGUGGGCGAGUCGUAUGCGGGCGUGUACGUCCCCCUGUUUGCCGACGCGUGGCUCGCCGAUCCGAUCGUCGGCCCGAAGGGCAAGGAGAUCAACUUUUACGGCUUUGCGGUGGGCGACGGCUUCCCGGCGUGCAUCCCUCAGCCAGGCAAGCCGGUGGACUGGUGCGUCAAUCUGGAGAACGUCGAGUUCUUUCGCUACCCCAAUGCGCUGCCCGGGCCGCACUGGGACGUCGAGUUCUUCCACGGGCACUCGCAAAUGUCGGAGGAGCUGUACCGCCGCAUCAAGGCCGGCUGCACGGCGGGCGAGCUCCUGGGCAAGGCGGCGCCGCUCCCGCCCGGAGACCGCUGCCGCGGGCUCCUCGAGGAGAUGGCGCGCGAGGUGGGCUUCUUCCACGCGUACAACCUUUUCGAGGCGUGCCCCGUCGAGGAGGACUCGGGCAGCGUGGUGCUGCAGGCGACGCGGCGCAUGAUCUCCGGCUCGAGCGCUUCCAGGCGCCGCCGAGAUGAGAGGCCAAACAGUCACCACCGCGAUGCAGCCGUGAGCUGCCCCCUUGGCCACAGGCGGCGGCAGCACGUCGUGUCUGUUCCGGUGCUGCCCACCCCCGGGGACGGCGACACGGGCCUGGGCGCGCCGUGCCUUGGCUCCGCCAUGGGCGACUACUUCAAGCUCGGCAUCACCAAGCGCGCGCUCGGCAUCCCGGCCGAUAACAACUUCAUCGCGCUGGACAAUGGCAAGGGGAUGAACUACACGACGGACGCGGGCUUUGUGGGGCACGUGUACAAGCGCGCAAUCGGCGCCGGCAAGCGUGUCCUCAUCUACGAGGGCGACUCGGACGCGUGCGGGCUGCAGACCGCGCCGAUCGAGGACAUCUGGGCCCCCUUCCUCAGCAACGGAACCGGCGAGGCCGACCAGUGGACGCCGGUCGGGCCGCUCAACACCUCGGCCUCGGCGCCACUCCGCCUGCCGCGCACGCAGCCGUGGCGCCCGUUUGGCCUCGAGCCGAGCGGCCGCAAGGCGCGCACGGCGGAGCGGCGCGGACCUGUGCACGGCGGCUUCUCGAUGGCGUGGAACGACGGGCAGGUCACCUUCGUCUCCAUCCGCGGCGCCGGCCACCUCGCGCCACUCUACCGGCCGGCCGCCUCCUUCACGAUGAUGCGCGCCUUCCUCGCCGCCGAGCCGCUGCCGCCACCCUUCUACAAGUACCCCGAGAACAGCGCGCUGUGA